UAAUGUAAAAUGUUUCAACUUCAAUGUUUUUUGAAAGCUACGUUUUGCAAGUGCGCGUAGUUACGUAAAAUACUUUAAUAUUAAUAAUAAUUGUUUUAAGAAAAAUAGGGGCACCACUUGAGUGGUGAGAUAUUUUAUUUUUUAGGAAAUAUUACAUUAUAAUUAGAAAAUAUGCAGGCAAUAAAAGCAUUAGGAGCUGCAGCAGCUCCUUCUAAUGUUCUCUCUGCAUUAAGGAAAGGUGCUUUUACACCUAUAAUAGAUCAAGUGCGGCAAACUCACUUGCCAGCACCAGAUAUAUCUGAGAAGAGACCAUACUCACCUUUUCAAAACACAACAAAUAUGGCAGAAUAUGCUGUUGCUCGUCUUGAUGAUUUGCUUAACUGGGGAAGGAAGGGUUCAAUAUGGCCUAUGACUUUUGGUUUGGCAUGUUGUGCUGUAGAGAUGAUGCAUAUUGCUGCUCCUAGAUACGAUAUGGACAGAUAUGGAGUCGUAUUUCGAGCUUCCCCAAGACAGGCUGAUGUUAUGAUAGUGGCUGGGACACUGACAAAUAAAAUGGCUCCAGCUCUAAGAAAAGUAUAUGAUCAAAUGCCUGAUCCAAGAUGGGUGAUUUCUAUGGGCAGCUGUGCUAAUGGUGGUGGAUACUAUCAUUACUCUUACUCAGUUGUAAGAGGAUGUGACCGAAUUGUCCCAGUAGAUAUUUAUGUGCCUGGUUGCCCUCCAACCGCUGAAGCGUUGCUGUAUGGAGUACUUCAAUUGCAAAAGAAAGUCAAGAGAAUGAAGACAGUUCAAAUAUGGUACAGAAAGUAAUCCGUAGCAGUGUAAUUUAUGAUCUUUAAAAGUAAAUAGAAAUCAUUUAAAUA